GACUCACGGUUCGCGAGAGAGAAGUUUCUUCCCUUCAGAGGCGCCGAGGAGCCGCCAGCUCAGUCUGGAUGAACUCAGAAAUGAAGAUGUUUAGGACGACCCAAAAAAGAUUAACUAAAUAAAUAAGAGAUAAUAAGACGCCGGGACGUGGCGUCAUGGAAGCUAUCAGUCCGUAAGAGACACACACAAGAAGGCGGUGACUGAAGGCGACGAUGACCCGAGCACGGACCAUCCUCACUGCUGUGGCCGUGCUGUGCGUGCGGCUCUGCACAGGUGGAACAUCCUGCGCCAUCAGGACCAGCGCUGGACGAAGAGUGGUGCAGCGAGGCUCCAGUUUCGAAGUGUACUGCACCUUUCACUGCAGGUGCAAGGGGCACAUGCACAUGUACAGCGACCAUCCGCCCAGAGAGCAGAGCCACACGCAGCUGAACUCUACAACUAUUUAUUUGAAUGUGGCAAACAUAACCAAGAACAGGACAUACAGCUGCUGGUGUAUAUGUUCUCCCGAGCUCGACUCCUGCGGACUGGACAUCUCAGCCGGAUAUCCACCGGAGCGCCCCGAAAACAUGUCGUGCAUCUACAAGGUCAAAGAUAAGGAAGCGAGCGUUGUGUCCUGCACCUGGAACAGAGGACGAGACACUUUUCUGAGGAAUAAUCCAAUGCUGUGGGUGAGGACUGGGUAUGAAAACAAUACUGAUGAACCGGUGAGGUACAAAGGUUCCACUAAGGGAACUGGUUCGUCGUCAGCUAGUUUCACCGUGUCCGGUUCUGUCCAGCGGUUCUCUGUGUGGGUAGAAACCGAGAAUCCACUGGGCUCUGCAGCGUCCAUCACUGUGAACUACACACUCUGGGACAUUGCGAUGCCGGAGACUCCCGUUCUCGGCCCACUCGGGUGCUCCUCCCGAGAGUGCGUCCUCCAAGUGGAGUCACAAGAGUCUGUGCCGACUCGACGCCUGGAGGUCCAAUACAGAGCGGCGGCACGCGAGUGGACAUCCUCUCCAGACUCGGGGAGAAGUCUUCAGGGUGUGCAGACGGGUUCGGUCCAGGGGCGGUCCGUCUCCCCUCUGGAGCCCUACACCUUGUACCACUUCAGGGCCAGAUCCAAAUUCAGCACCGGCCUGUGGAGUCAGUGGAGCGCCGACAUCUCCGCCUGGACUCAGGAGGAAGCUCCUGCCAAAGAGUUGGACGUGUGGUUCGCCGAGUCCUCUGACUUUAAGUCCCUGAGAGUUUACUGGAAGGAGCCGGACAAGUCCUCGGCUCGAGGGAGGAUCACGGGGUACAAAGUCCGAGUGGACGGCCGGAGCUCCGGAUCGGUCUUCGCGGCCGACGUCAGCGCCGACGCCGCGAGUCGCUCAGUCCCGUUCUGCGUCGACUGUGAAGUCAAAGUGUGGGCUUUGAACUCCAGAGGGCCGUCGCCUCCGGCCAGAAUCACACCCCGUCACACACGAGUAAAGGUCCAACAGGUGGAGCCCCCUCAGGACGUGCAGGUAACUGCAGCCAACCUCAGUGUCACCAUCUCCUGGAGAACGCCUGCCACUGCACCUCCACGUGCAGCGUACGUGGUGGAGUGGUUCCCAGAGGGCCUCAAGCUGGAGGAGCUCCGAUGGGUCCGACUGGCGGCGGAUGUCAACCACAACGUCCUUACAGGUGUGGAGCCAUGUGAGUGCUACGAGGGAGCGGUGCAUGUUUUCUAUAACGGCAGCUCAGUGAGCAGCACCAGGUUUACAGGCGUCGCCACUCUGAACUCAGCACCAGCAGCCGGUCCGUCGGUCCAAGAGACGGUGGAGGGGAACCAGGUCACGGUGACCUGGACGGAGAUUCCCAGGGGUCAGCGCGGGGGUUGCAUCACCAAGUACACCAUCUAUUUAGGCAGCACACAACAACAGCUUAUCUCGAUGCCGGCGUCGGAGAGGAGGCACGUCAUCAGACACCUGCCUCCGGCCGGCUACAGCCUGUGGAUGACGGCUUCGACGGCUGGAGGAGAAGGCCGCGCAGGUCAAAAGGUCAAAUUCUUCAUCCAGCAGGAGACCCCUGUGUACCCUCUGGUACUGUGUGCAGUCGCCGCCGUGAUCGGGAUGGUUCUGAUGUGUCUGUACCACAUUUCAGCCGUGAAGCAGAGGUUCUGGGUGUAUUUUCAGUGCCUCAUGCUCGACGUCGUGCCGGAUCCCGCAAACAGCAAAUGGGCGAAAGAGUGCACGGAGGACGAGGGUGAGAUUAACCUCAAGCUGCAGCCGAGUGGCUCCGGUGUCCCCGAGGAGGUGGAGGAGGAAGAGGAGCCCAUCCUGGUGGACGUGGAGGAGCUGCCCAAGCAGAGCGCCGCCCCCGCAGACGUCUCCUCCUCCUCCUCCUCUUCCUCUUCGGAGGUCCCGAGCCCCGAGACGGAGCCGGCCGCCGCGCUCUACCCUCCGACCAACUACAUCAAGAGCUUCUCCCACGACUCGGACGGCUCCGACCACACGCAGACCUCCAUGGACACCAACGCGACCGUGGACUACAUCUCAUCCCACGUGCUGGGGAGCACGGAGGAGGAGGAAGAGGAGGAGGAGGAGGAGGAGUUUGCAGGAUUGCUGGGUUUCUUCCCCAGUCACGGCGUUUUCACAGAGCCGAUGGAGUUCGGAGGGAAGUUGACUCUGAACGCCGUCAAAAUCGACUGCAGCGACUUCUUUUUUUCAGAACAAUAAGAGCCGAACCCUUCGGUGAGACGUGGGUCGAGUGGAAAACCAUUUUUUAGAGGAAGAAGACGACUGAAACGAAAGAGGCUGGCGGUGUGAAAGGUUUCUGUGUCCGCUUCUCAUGAACUACCUCCUUUCCAAAACCGUAACAAGAAGCUCUCUCGCUGAAGCUGCAAUACUUUUUGGAGAUUUUUUUUUUUUUUUUCAUUUCAUGCAUUACCAUAGUUUUCUGUUCAGAGCAGCGUUGGACGCACUAAACGAACACAGGCUGCAUGUGUGUGUGUGUGUACAUGACUAAUCUCUAUCAACAGGUCGUGGAAGUUUACUUAAAACUGCAUUAUCUCUAAUGUCCACCAGGAGGCGACUCCCACCCGGUUGCAAAAAUAAUUCUAAUUGUAUAGAAGUCUAUGAGAAAAUGAGUAAACAUUGUAAACGUGAGUUUAUGGUCUCAC